CAGGCAUUGGUCAGUACAUCCCCAGACGAGAAGUUCUAACCCAAUCCUGAACUUUUUCAGAAAAAGAUAGACUUAACGAAGGGAUACUUAUUGGAGGAGCGUGCGGCUCCUCUCUUAUCCGGACACUUGUGGGACACAAAGAUCCUGAUCUUUUGUCUUCUUCCUUUCAAGCACACUGUGAUCAAUCUUACCGGCCUUCAACAUGCCUACCGACGCCCAGAAUGAUGCCCGCUCCUUCCUGAGUGAGGAGAUGAUUGCUGAGUUCAAGGCCGCCUUCGACAUGUUCGACACCGAUGGUGGUGGUGACAUCAGCACCAAAGAGUUAGGCACUGUGAUGAGGAUGCUGGGCCAGAACCCAAGCAGAGAGGAGCUGGAUGCCAUCAUUGAAGAGGUUGAUGAGGAUGGCAGCGGCACCAUUGACUUUGAGGAGUUCUUGGUCAUGAUGGUGCAGCAACUAAAGGAGGACCAGGCUGGCAAGAGUGAGGAAGAGCUGUCUGAAUGCUUCCGCAUCUUUGAUAAGAAUGGAGAUGGCUUCAUUGACCGAGAGGAGUUUGGUGACAUCUUGCGUUCCACUGGCGAGCCAAUAACAGAAGAUGAGAUAGACGAGCUCAUGACAGACGGAGACACCAACAAAGACGGCAAAAUUGACUUUGAGGAAUUUCUGAAAAUGAUGGAGAACAUACAGUAAAGAUGCUACAUUCCACCCUUUCAUCACCCAAAUAAAGAUCUAACAAACAUUUUGAGAUUGAACAUGGAAGAAGGUCGACCUCCUGGAAAAGUCAUAAAGUCGUUGAAAAAGUUGUCUCUCAUAGACCAUAAGGAAUGGAUUGAAGGGCCCUGAAGUGAUAUCCUUCUCUAACUGUUGCAGUUGGACUAGAGAAACAUCUAUAAAUAACCAUCCAAGUGUUUUAAGACGGAGCCACCCUACCCCUACCCUCCCCAAACCACCUCCCACUUGCCCCAGCUGUCCCCCUGUGCCCCAGCUCCUUCUUAAGAAAUGAUCUACCACCCCUUCAGACCUGCUUUUGCCCUAUGUGCCCCACCCUGUAGUGUUCUAAAAUAAACUAGCCUCAGUAUACA